GUCCUUGACUUCCCACCUUCUACCUGUACCCUAAGUCCCCAACUUGUCAUCUCUCUCCUAACUCUGCCCUUCCUGAACUUAUUCUAAGGCAGUUCAGAUUCUGCCGGGGAUUGGGGACAGGUCCUCCAACCCAAGAAUCUGCUCCUCAGAGGAGAAGCCAGACGGGAAUGAGAACACCGUGUCCUCUCAAGGGGGCUGGAUUGGACCCCAAAGCCCCUCUUCCCUGCCCCCACCUGUUCCAGCAGACACCCGUCUGAGCAGCAUCUGUGCGAGUAGCUGAGGAAGGAAGAGUUCACCCCAGCUGGGUUCCUGAGCCUGGGCCAGGGCUCCGGUGAACCCUGUGGUGCUCCAGCCCCCAGCCGGGCCAUCCUGCGUGCUUAAUCGCUAUUUAAGGAGCCAUUCGCCAGCGGCCCAGGCAGCACCCCCGCCCCAUGUACACUCGUCCAGAGCCACCUUAAAAGCGGGAGGCAAUUGUGAAGUCGCUGGCCAGCAGUGGAGUGGAGACUGAGGGAGAUACACAGAAAGGGCAGGGAAGGCAGUGAGAAGUUUGUCCUGCAGACCCAAAACCCACCGUACUCUGCUGAAAAUCAGAUCCUCUGGAAGCCCGCAGAGCACAGAGAUAGCAAGAGAGAAGUACACUCAAGGCCAGGGACUCGUUCCUCUGCCUCCCUCCUCCACUAGUCCCCAACUCAAGUUCCCGCACCCCUUCCCGGGAUACCAUGUUGAUCUUCGCCCUCCUGCUGGAGGUGAUUUGGCUCCUGGCUGCUGACGGUGGUCAACACUGGACGUAUGCGGGCCCACAUGGUCAGGACCACUGGCCAGCCUCUUACCCUGAGUGUGGAAGCAAUGCCCAGUCCCCCAUCGAUAUCCAGACAGACAGUGUGACAUUUGACCCCGAGUUGCCUGCUCUGCAGCCCUAUGGAUAUGAGCAGCCUGGCACUGAGCCUCUGGACCUGCACAAUAAUGGCCACACAGUGCAACUUGCUCUGCCCCCUACCCUGUAUCUGGGCGGGCUUCCCCAGAAGUAUGUAGCUGCCCAGCUGCACCUGCACUGGGGUCAGAAAGGAUUCCCAGGGGGAUCAGAACACCAGAUCAACAGUGAAGCCACAGCUGCAGAGCUCCACAUCGUACAUUAUGACUCUGAUUCCUACGACAGCUUGAGCGAGGCUGCCCAGAUGCCGCAGGGUCUGGCUGUCCUGGGCAUCCUAAUUGAGGUGGGGGAGACAAAGAAUGCAGCUUACGACCACAUUCUGAGUCAUUUGCAUAAAAUAAGACACAAAGAUCAGAAGACCUCAGUGCCUCCCUUCAGCGUGAGAGAGCUGCUCCCCCCACAGCUGGGGCAGUUCUUCCGUUACAACGGUUCGCUUACCACUCCGCCCUGCUACCAGAGUGUGGUCUGGACAGUUUUCCAUCGGAGGGCCCAGAUUUCAAUGGAACAGCUGGAACAGCUUCAGGAGACACUGUUCUCCACAGAAGAGGAGCCCUCUCAGCUCCUGGUACAGAACUACCGGGCCCCCCAGCCUCUCAACCAAAGAACUGUCUAUGCUUCUUUCAUCCAAGUGGGAUCCUUAUAUACCACAGGUGAGAUGGUGAGUCUAGGUGUGGGAAUCCUGUUCGGCUGUCUCUGCCUCCUGCUGGCUGUUUAUUUCAUCGCCAGAAAGAUUCGGAAGAAGAGGCUGGGGAACCGGAAGAGUGUGGCCUUUACUUCAGCACGAGCUGCCGCUGAGGCAUAAAGGCCCUCUCAGAUUUUGUGGAUGCCUUUCCCUCACGCCUAUCAGGGAGCCUCGAAAAUGGGGUGCAGGGACUGGCCAGGACAUACUGUAGUAGUUGGCAGACACCCCUCCUUCAUCCGUUCAUCCGCUACAGAAGAGUAUGGACCCAGACUCUCAUGCAGGGGACACAGCGGAGCCUUCAGCUUCUCAACACAUGCAGGAGAUCAGGGCACGCCUUUGUUACCGCUGAGGACAAACUGCGUCUAGUUUGGGAAGUUGGGGAUGUGCCUCAAUGUCCCUGGCCUCU